UAGUAACAAUUAUAUAUCGGUGUUUUGCUGAGGCAGCUAAAGAGAGACACGGAUCUCGACUCGUUUCGCUCCUUCCACCGCUAUCACAAAAUCGUCUUCUCUGGCGACGUGACAUCCGAGACCGACCGUGAGCGAUAAACAGAUCGCAUACGAGUAAACAUGAUGACGAUUGCAGGUUUGACGUUGACGGAAUGCCGCUGAGGGAUCGCCCGAAAUCGAGAACCGGCAGAUCUACAAAUCCGCCUCCCGACGCCAACGCGGAGCGCAAAGCUCUUCUCCAAACUUUUGCCCGAUGUUGUACUUGACCGAUAGGUCGAUAGGUCGAUAAUCGAUAGUUCGAUAAUUGAUAGUUCAUAAUCGAUUUGUGGAAUGAAUGAAUGUGGAUUACAUUAACCUACAUAUUACGAUAUUCAAAAUAACGAGACAUGUGAUUUAUACCACGUUUAGAUUUGUACAACUAAUUAUUGUACUCGGAAGCUCUCUUAAAAAGAUUUAACAUGAAUUCUCAACAGAUGAUUCAGUUUUCUCAUCGGCUCAGAACAACUUUUAAAUCGUUCAGGUGGAGAUUCAAUGAAAUCGGUGAUAAAAUUAGAAGCUAUGAAAUGCCUGAAAGAGUUAAGGGCACCUUUCUGGAGCGUUGGGCGAAAUACUGGCACGGUCUGUAUAUAGAUUAUAAGGAUGUUGCGAUUGAUGUAGCCAGAUGCAGAGAACGUCCUGUACGUACUGCAAUAUAUGCUGCAAUUUUAGGAAGCUGUUUUUAUUCUAGUCGACACAAUCCGGAUGAAACAAUGUUCAGGGAGCAACUGAUACAAAAUAGUACCAAAUUAAUACAAGUGGGAGAACCCAUACGUAAUCCUGUUUCCGUGCAGCAUAUAAAAUUGUUGGAGCAAUGUUACAAUGAAGGACUCAUCAGGAGAUUAAACUUGGGUAUUUUCUCUCUGAUCUGGUUAGAUAAUUUUGAUAAAGAUUGUUCAUUGUAUAAAGCGGUCUGUCCUUACCUAAAACCGCGAAUUUUAACCUUUCACAAAAGGAUAGCAGAUGUAGGUUUUCUAGAUAAAUGGUGGUUACUAGAGAGAAAAAUGAAAGACUAUGAUGUAAAUGAAACCGAAUUUAGUAUUCUACAAAUUAUAAACAAUAGAGAGACUUUCUCAGCAACAUGAUAAAUUUUAGGGAAUUCUUUGUCUCUUGUGUAUAUAAAAAGAAAAUAUAUAAAUUGCAAAGGUUUUGCGAACUAAGUA